UACGAAAUGUGCCACCCCCAGAAUCUCUCACUUCUCGCGACGCUUUCUUCACAACGCCCCUGACAAAGCAGUUUAUGGAGGUUGUUCAGAUGAGUCAACAUCAUAAUCAUCCGGAGGUUCCUAGUCGCAUACAACAGGAACAGAGCCAUGAGUACAGUUCCGUUCAUCCAUCUAGCAGUUCUUUACCACCAUUUCAUCUGCAUCCACAGCCACAUAGAGAGGGUCCCUGGAAGAGCCCCUGCUGCCUGUCGGGCGUUAGCGAUGGACAAUUCUACUAUGGUGUGAGGAUUGUGACAGGCAACCCAGCUGACAGUGGUCUCUGUGACGGAGAUAUUAAAAUUACUCUUGUUGGAAGUGAAGCUGUUUCUAGUGGAAAUUGCGUUUUAAGUUUGCUCAACACCUUUCCAAAAGAUAGCAGACGCUAUUUUGACUUUAUUGUCGAGUGUGAAGGAAGUUUAGGGGAAGUGUUGGUGGUGGAAUUACAUAAAAAUGCAUCCUUGAUACCGCAAUGGUACGUCGACUUUGUUGAAGUUUACACUUUUGAUCCGCUCCAGAAGCAAGUUUUUCCGUGCUAUUUUUGGUUUGGCAACAAUGAUUCAAUCUCCUUCUCAUCUGCUACAACUUUGCCUCAAGAUGUAAAGAACAACCCAGUUCUAGUGCGCUAUCGAGAAAUGCAGCUCCAAAAACGACAUGAUAGUUACCCCUGGACGACACACCUAUUAGACCACCUUCCAUCUUCCUUUGACGAUAAAUUCCCACUACCAACCGAGGAAGGUUUUCACUUUGUCAAGAAUGUCGAUUUUUAUAAAUCAGGAGCCGUUGACGCCAUUGAUGCAGCCGAAGGCAUCAUAAACACUGAAGAGCAGACAAUGUCUGAAUACGAGAAAAUGGCCAAGCUACACCCAGUGCCCGACGUCCGUGUCUCUGAACUCGGUCGAUGGACAUCCGACGUUGAGUUUGGGCGACAGAUUUUGAAUGGAGUGAAUCCAGUUGUCAUUCGCCGAUACGAUUCCCCUCUGGACAAUUUUCCAGUUACCGAAAAGAUGGUUAAAGGUCUACUUGAUCGUGGAGAAACUUUGGCACAAGCGAUGGAGUUUCACGAGAUUAGCAGUCACUACCUCACCUGCCACGCUGUGAUGGAAACAUACUCAAUGGGGCUCAUGCGCAAUAUUCCAAAUGCCCACCCAGUCUACAAGCUCCUGCGACCACACGUUCGCUACACGAUGGCUAUCAAUCGAAAGGCCAGGGAGUCGCUAAUCAAUGCAACAGGAAUCCUUGCAAGGACAUUUUCUGUUGGUGCCGAUGGUGAAUUAGAAGUUUUUAAAAGGUGUGGAACAGCAUAUUCUGUUCAUUGGAGUAACAUCAAACGUAAUACUGAAGAACGAGGUGUUGAUGACGCAAGCAAACUACCUCAUUAUUACUAUCGCGAUGAUGGAUAUCGGGUUUGGGAUGCUAUUGAGUCUUAUGUCACUGAAAUUAUAGACAUGUGCUAUGUUAACGAUGCAUCAGUUAGUGAAGAUGAAGAAUUGCAAAAUUUUGCUAAAGAUGUCAAUGGCAAUGGUUUCCCUCCAUAUGGGGGCACACCUGGUCAUAAGUUUCCGUCUUCAAUUGCAACUAAGGUGGAACUAAUUCAGAUUUGCACCCUUGUCAUGUUUACUGGAUCAGCUCAACAUGCUGCUGUCAAUUUUGGUCAAUACACCUACUACAGUUUUGUUCCCAAUGCUCCGUUUGUUCUGCAUAAACCGCCUCCAACGAAAAAGGGGAAACUCAAGUUCAAGGAUCUAAUGGAUUCUCUUCCAGACAAGGAGGAAACAUUGGCCACUAAUGUUCUUGUUAGUCUUCUCUCCGGUUAUUCCCCAGAUGAGGGGUCUGGUCAAAGGGCACCUGAUCCUGAAGGAGGAGCAAGUGGUGAAGGAAACAGCAAUACUGGGUCUGGUCAAGGGACCACAGAUACUGAAGGAGGAGCAGGUGGUAAAGUAGAAGCAGGUGGUAAAGGAGGAACAGGUGGUAAAGGAGGAGCAGGUGGUAAAGGAAAGAUCAAUACUGAGAGAUGUGCCAAUUAUGAUGAGGAACAGCAUUCAGACGGGUGUGAGGUUGACUUCAGGAACGGUGUCUAUUCAAACGGCUGCAGAUUGCAUGAACACAAAAUACCCCGAAAGGAACAAGAGGCCCUUCAAGUAUUGCAAGCAUUGUGCUCAUUUGGCGAAAUGUCCAAAGUGUGGUAAGACCGACGGACACAGAGAUGUUACAGAAUGGACUGAUUAGGUAAUGAGAAUCAUUUUUUGACACUGGCAGCAAAAUAGUGAGAUUUCAUGAGCUUAGUUUCUGUGUAAUAAUCCAUCUGUGUUACCAAUUUUCCGUUAAUGCAUUAAAAAUAUAAAUAUUUGCAUCGCUCAAGUUUUAGUGUACAGUCUGAUUAGAACCAGCAAGACAGAUAUAGCUACCCAGUUUUAAUCUAAGUAUUAUUAACAAAAUGCUGGUAUACUGUCCAUCCCAGCACUUCUUUUACAAGUGGAAAAAUCAUUUCUUCAAAAUGAAAGGGGGAUAUAGGGAUGGCUUGAAGCACCAAAAAGGAAGAAACAAG